AUGUACUUUGCUUUUGGAUGGCCAAAGACGUACAACAGUGGCGUCGGCGAAUUGUUUGUCGAUGUCUCUCAUAAUGGAGAUUGUAGCCUGUUGGCCAUGAUAGGACACUCUAGUUUGUCUAUAUGGUCAGCUGAUCAACACAGAGUCCAACUAGGUUGGUGUUCGAGAUCAGAAGAUUCUUUACAAAAGUUUGGUUAUAAUUCUAAACUUUGUUGGUGUCCUGACUCUACCUCUAUUGCCAUUAUUACAUCAGAAGGAUUCAUAUUAGUAUAUAUACUAGAAAAGGAAGCACAAGAUAUACUUGGUAUGAAGUUUAUAAAGGAUCAUCAUUCAUCACAGCUCAGUCACGACAAGAGAAAAGUGUCAAUCAAGUUUUCAUCAUCUUUUAAACCUUCACAUCAUGGGGCACAAUGCAUCACUGGUAAUGUAGAGUAUAUAUACAUCUUUACCAAAGAAGGUUAUCUGGUUAAAUCAUCGUGGACUGGUGAAUUGAUCAGUCAGUUUUCACUUGACGUUGUUCCCUUUUCAAGUGGUGUCUUGUCUGAUCAACAACAACAACAACUCGUUGGAACAAAGUCACCAUUGGUGGUCACAUCUGUAUUUUACUCUCCGUUGGCACCAAUGUUUGGUUUGGUUUUUGAAGAUGGAUCAAGUGCCAUUCUUAAAAAGAGAUCAAAGGAUCGGUUACGUGGUUAUUGGUUAGCAAGAGAAAACUCUGUUUCUGUAACAAUUAAUUAUAAACAUAGAUUGGCUGCAGUAGGAUUAAAAGAUGGAAAUGUAUUAAUUUAUAAAUUACCAGGUCCAACUGUAUUAAAACAACAACAACAACAACAACAACAACAAAAUGGUAUAAUAGAUGAAGGAAUGGAAUGUAAAUAUUUAAGAACAUUUUCAAUAUUUCAAUUUAGAGAUGUAACUAGUGAUGAUAUUGGACCAAUAUCAGUUAUGAAAUGGACAGAAGAUAAUAAUUGUCUUGCUGUUGGUUGGAAAAAGAGGGGAUUAUGUCUUUGGUCCGUUCAUGGUUGUAAAUUAACUUGUACUAUUCCACAAAUGCAUGAAAAUAGUUUCUCUGAACCUUGUAAAGAAGGUGUUUUAUCAUUGGUAUUGUCUACUAAAACAAAAGAAAAAAGUUGGGGAACAGAAGGAUAUCAUAUGAUAUUAUUAUCAAGUGGUAAUGAAGUAGGAGAAUUUUUACAAUUAACAUUUGUUAAAUCUUCAUCAUCAUCAAAUCCAAAUUUAAAUCAUUCAGAAAGAAUUAUAUUACAAACUGAAGAUAGAUUAAUGUUUUUAAAUUAUAAAGGAAAAGAAUUGGGAGAUAUUAGAUGGAAACAUUUACAAUUGCCAGCAGCCUAUUUAAAUGAUAAUUGGCCAAUCAAACAUUUGGCAAUCAGUCGAGACAGAUCACAGUAUGCAGUAGCAGGACGUAGAGGAAUUAUAUUGUACAACUCGCUCAGCAAGCGAUGGAAGAUGUUUGGUGAUCGACAACAAGACCAAGCCAUAGAAGCAAUUUCACUUGCAUGGUAUAAACAUGCCAUAGCAGUCAUCAACCUUCAUCCUCAGACACAACAAUAUGAAUUGCUUUUCUACCCAAAGCAACAUCUUGACAGCAGCUCGUUACUCUUUAAGGGUAGUUUGCCGUCAAAAACCGGUGCACCUCUGCUCAUUGAUUGCAACGAUUCACAUUUGGCAUUGAUGACAACCGACAGCUCUCUCUAUGUCUACAAGGUGACCGAGAAUAUAGAGGGUACAAGCAGUAACAUGCGAUCGCCCAACAUUACCCUAUCAAUCCAUCUCGUUCACCAUCUGUCAAUGGCUGUUCCAGCCCCACCACUCUCCCUUUCACUUUUGCCAUCGUCCAACUCUGUCAUCCCACAUAUUCUUGUUUUACAUUAUUCGGGACGUCUCGAUUUCAACCACGGUGACAAUGGUGCCCAAUUUACACUGGGAGAGGGUAUAGAGUCGUUUUGGAUGUCAAACAUUUGGCCACAACUCGGUGAUGCCGGAGGUACGACAUUGUGGGUCUAUGGUAACCAAGGUAUUGGUGUUUGGUUCCCUUUUGGCGCACCAUCAACCAAUGCUCUAGAUGCCCCUCCCCCAGCAUCUUCUCUUCGUUUUGACAGUGAGGUGUAUCCUGUAGGAUGUGUCGCCGAGCUGGGUGUGAUUGCUGGUUUGGCGCAGGGUAUCUCUUAUUCUUCGUGCUCGCAAUACCCCAACUAUGAACUGCGAAUCAAGACACACCCAUUCCUUCACUCUAUCCUCAAACAUUUAUUGACGACCAAAGGCGGAGCCGAUAUGGCUUGGAAUCUCUCAAGCAAAUUCUCUACCAUCCCCCAUUUCACCCACUCUCUCGAGUUGUUGCUACAUGAAAUCAUGUCAGAUUGUGACCACAAGCUGCUUGCCAAGGGCAACAAUAGCACCGCGUCAAAGAUGCAACACGCUGUCAAUUUUCUCAGAAGAUUCCCUCAGUUUCCCGAGGUUGUCAUGCGAUGUGCAAGAAAAAUUGAUGCAUCCCUCUGGAAGACGCUCUUUCUCUAUGUUGGUGACCCUGUCCAACUUUACACCAAAUGUUUUGCAAGCGGAAAGUUUGAAAUUGCAGCGUCAUACCUAAAGAUCCUCUUGUCUCUCAUCUCUGUUGAACACAGUCGUAAAUGUGCAAUCGAUCUACUUGAAAUAGCUUUGGAUUUUGAUCAUAUGGAAUUGGCUGGUGAUUUGGUUCGAUUUUUAGAUCCAGAAGAGGAUUAUGAAGAUGAAGAUGAAAUGGAAGAGAAGGAUAAAAAAGUAAAGGGAGGAGAAGAAGAAGAAGAGGAAGAAGAAAAGAAUGAUCAAAAUAGAACUUUUAGAAAACCAAGAUAUGAUGGUAGUGCAGAAAGAAAACAAAUGGAAUGUAUUUUGUCUACCUAUGCUUCGAAAUUAUUAAAGAGUAAAUUAUUACGAAACUUUUUAUUAUUUUCAAAGAGGGUUGGUGUACCUAUUUCAACGUGGUUACAUUUGGAAAAGAAAUCGACCAUUCUUAGAACAACAGAAGAUUUGGAUAUGGCUCUCAACUCUAUACACGUACAGUUUUACAUUACAUUGCCCUACCAACCAAUCCAACCCUUUUCACCACAAUCUGUCUUGUUGGCAUUUAACUCUCCCAAUCCCAAUGAAGAGUCGGAUCAACAACCAGUUCAGACGACUGAACCAACAAACGACAAUGACAACAACGACAAAGAAUCAACAACAAAAGGAGAAAAACAAGAUCAUCAGGAAUCUUCAUCUAGCACCACUGAAUCAAUCAAAGAUGAUGGAGAUGAAGGUGCAGAAAAUCAUCACCCCAGUGUUGCAAGUCCAUUGCAUGAAUCUUUAUCGAGAGAUGAAAUGAUUGAAUCACUAAAGUCAAGAAUCCAAGUAACCAACUCUCCCAAUGAUCCUCACCACCACCAUCACCAUCAUCAAACCAUCCGAACCACUUCAUCGAGUUCAUUUGUCUCGGUGGGAUCUGUGGCUGGUGGUCUCAGUGGCAUCAACCUCCUCUCCAAUACCAACCAUGCGUCUCUUGUUAAGAGUAUAUCCACAGAAACAAUCGAAUUGGAUAUCAGCAGUACUACUACAACCUCGUCAGAGGCUAUUUAUUCCUUCAAAUCACAUCAAUUUAUGAUUGCUCCCUCAACAUCCAACAUUGAUUCCAACAAUCCCUUUUUCCUUCAAGACAGUAUCGAUUCCUCGAUGGAAGAUCUUUACUAUCUCUUGCAAGAGUUGACAAAUGCCGAAUGCUAUGAAUGGGUGUUGGUCAUCGCAACAGUCCUCUUAAAUACUACCCUCAUCUCCAAAGCACUCAAGAAGCUUCCCAAUAUUUAUGAAAACUAUAGUAAAAUGUUAUCAUAUCAAAAACAACAAGGUUAUUCUCAACUGCUGAAAUUUGUUGAAGACACAAUUCAUCCACUAUUAAUUAAUAUUCAAAAACAAAAUGAAAGAUAG